CUCUGUGUGUGUGUGUGUGUGUGUGUCGCCGCCGCAGCCAUGGGAGCUGUGGGGUGGCUGUGGUGCUUUCUCUCGCCGCUCGCAGCCUGGUCUGCGGCCACCAUGAACUGGGGAGCUCUGACGCUGCUGUUUCUGUUGCUUGUUGAUGUUACAGCUCAAGUUGAGUCAACUGCAGAGGCUGCAGUGCCCUUCCCUGGUAAAUAUCGCCACCGUAACCCUGCAACAGGGACAAAAAUUUACUGCGAUAAGUGCCCUGCAGGAACCCAUGUGUCGAAACAUUGCACAUCAACAUCGCUGCGAGAGUGCACUCCUUGUAAAAAUGGCACAUUCACCAGACAUGAGAAUGGCAUUGACCAAUGCCAUAACUGCAGCAAGCCCUGUGUGGCCCCAAUGAUGGAGGAAUCUUCCUGCAUUGCCUUUUCUGACCGUGUGUGCAUUUGCCCACCUCGUAAAUUUCUGUCUAACAAUACGUGUGUUCGACAUACGGCUUGUGCCAUUGGUUCAGGUGUUAGGAAGAAGGGAACUCCGACAGAAGAUGUCAAGUGUAAACUGUGCCCUCAUGGCACCUUCUCCAAUGUGUCUUCUCCUUUACUGAAGUGCGCAGUUCUCACUAAUUGUUCAGAACUGGGCAAGGUGGUCCUCGUACCAGGAAACCGAGAAAGGAAUAACGUGUGUGGCUCGCCAAGCACAGUUCAGAAUACAACUGUUUGGUCAAGUACAGGGGCAACUCACCACAUCAAUGGAGCUCCGUCGAUAUCCACUGCAACAGCCAUUUUUAACCAAUUGAUAACUACUGCUGAAUCUAUAACCAGCAAUGUAAUCAGCCAAGCGACCAAGGAAGCACAGAAUCUGCACCAAAUUCAUACUCCUUCAGCUUCAACAAAAUUGCAAACGGUCAUGGAAACCUCAGGAGCUGAAGUUGACUUCAAACCUCCCAGGAAAGGCCCAAUGAGGCCAAGCGCACACAAGCACUUUGACAUCAAUGAGCACUUGCCAUGGAUGAUUGUUCUCUUUCUGCUGUUGGUGUUGGUGGUGACGGUUGUCUGCAGUAUCAAAAAAAGCUCCCGGGUGCUAAAGAAAGGACCCAAACAGGAUCCCAGUAGCAUUGUUGAGAAGGCUGGCCUCAAGAAGCCAAGGUCUCCUACCCGAAAUAAAGAGAAGUGGAUUUAUUAUUCAAAUGGACAAGGUGUAGACAUAUUAAAGCUUGUGGCCGCUCAGAUUGGCAGCCAAUGGAAAGACAUUUAUCAGUUUCUCGCUAAUGCAGCUGAACGGGAAGUGGCAGCUUUCUCCAAUGGCUAUUCAGCAGAUCAUGAACGAGCAUAUGCAGCCCUACAGCACUGGACCAUCCGAGAUCCUGAAGCUAACCUGGCUAAACUGAUUAGCGCCCUCCGCCGGUACAAGCGCAAUGAUGUGGUGGAAAAUAUCCGAGGACUGAUGGAGGAUACUUCCCAGCUGGAUAUUGAGAAGCUCAUCCCUAUUCUUACCAGCAAAAAUGGCCUCACUCCAAAGCUUGCUAUUUCUGCCACCGCUGUCAAUACCACCAUCAUCGCCGGCACCACCACCACAACGGUUGAGCCAUCUUCAUCUGAGAAGACAAAAGUGUUUUUUGUUGAUGAAUCGGAGCCCCUUCUGCGCUGCGACUCGACUUCAAGCACUUCGUCUUCAGUUCUCAGCAGAACUGGGUCCUUCAUUUCCAAAGAGAAGAAAGACACCAUUUUACGGCAGGUACGCUUGGAUCCUUGUGAUCUGCAGCCCGUGUUUGACGACAUGCUUCAUAUUCUUAACCAGGAAGAGUUGGGAGUGAUUGAAGAGAUUCCCCAUGCAGAAGACAAACUGGACAAGCUCUUCGAGAUUGCAGGAGGGAAGAGCCAGGAAGCCAGCCAGAAACUCCUGGACUCUGUCUAUAGCCACUUACCUGACCUCCUUUAAUCUAUUGCAGCAUUGUUGUGUGUGAGUUUAUCCUACUAACCAAUGGUACUGAUGGCUGAACAGUGCUAGUAACUUAAUUUAAAAUAAAGCUUGAAAACUUGCUCAGGCUCUGUUGGGAAAUGGUAUCUUUAUCUGCCCAGUUAAAAGUUGUUAUAUUCUUGAGUCAUCGUUCACUUUGUGCUCUUGAAUUGGACACUUACUUCCACUGAUAAAAAGCAUGGCAUCCACCCAGCAUGUAGAGGCCAAUUUGCUCUUCCUUUCUUUUUUUCUCUUUUGUUAACUUGUAUCAUUCCUAAGCAAACUGUGUGCAAUUUUUAUAUUCCAUUUACUGUAUUUAACUGACUGGAGUACUCGUGCACUAACUCUUAAGCAAUUCCUAAAGCAAGUUAGGAAUAGUGAUGUCUUCUAUAGAGUCUGCUUUGAUUUUUACUUUUUUUUAAUUGUGCUGAAGUGCUGGUUGCUAAAUGUUAAUUUUUUUUUGCUGCUUUUUAAUGGAACAGUCAUUUUUCACUUUAUUUAACAGUGCUACUGAUUUUUAAUUACUGAGUAAUGUUUUUUUUCCCUGUUGAAAAGCAACCACAGAAAGUUCUGGUUCAUUAAUUGUAUCAAAGCGCGGCAGAGCUUUGAUAUUUAUAUUGAGCUGGGCUGGUGUACUUGUUAACUUUUACAUGUAUUAUCCACAGCUGCCUAAAAUAGGGGAUGGAGUGCAGAAUACCGUCCUAGAACUGCUGUCAGAUGCUAUAAAUUAUUGCAAGAACUUUUUGUCAAACUGUUGUAUUUGGUUGAAGGCAGUUUGAGGAAAAAUACCUGUUACGUUUCUUUUAUCCAUGGUAUCUUUACGAAAGUAAUAUCUUGACUGCAUUUCCUUCACUGGUCGAGUUGAUAUAGCUGGUUAUAUAUCAAGCAAAACUGGUGCUGGACUGCAGAACCUUUAACGACUCUGGUAAUACUAUUAUUACCCAACUACUUGUUUCAUGUGGAAGAAAACAAACAAAAAAAUUGUUUAUUUUUAACAAUUUGCCCAGCAAAGACGGGAAAAGGAUGUGCUUGUUUUGAUAUUUUUUUUUAACAAUUUAGGACAAGUCUGUUACUGGUGCAGGAUGACACUAAUUUAUUCAGGGUACAAAUAAUUGAGUCUAUUACUUUUACCUUUUAAGAUUGUACUGCAUUUAACUCCUCAGUGUAUUAUCAGAUGUAAACUAUUAACACAGUACAUCCCAAUUAAAGUUCAAACUGCUUUUUCAUUA